AUGAAGAGGGUCGAUUCACCUAGUGAUUCUGGUAUUGAGAGUGGUAGAGAACACGCCACAAACAACACCCCCAAUACGUCUGUGUGCUCUAGUCCAAGGUCGCUGGAGGAAAAGAUGAAGGAUAUCACUGAAUGUGAAGAGAAGAAUGAAACGGUUGAAGAAAUGUCUGUUCUGAAGAGAGCUCUUCAAGCUCCACCGUUAGUCAACUCCAACAUGAUGAUGGAAGAUGCUUAUCGGCACCACAAAAAGUUCAGAGCCAUGAGGAGAGAACCAGAAGGUCCACCAUCCAGCAGGUCAUUAGGAACCCCUCACUCCAACGUUUCUCUUGCUAGUACCCACAGUGUCUUGGUGAAGACUUUGGAACGAGCUCCACGGUUUCUGGAUGCACAACAGGUAAAAAGAACGGACCUUAUUCACAACAUCAUAAUGAGAACGGAGAACAUACCCCCAGCAGUAGCAUUAAUGGCACCAACCACGACUAUGGCUACUAGCGCUACACCUAUCAUGGCAACUGGUACCUCCGUUUCACCAAGGUCAUCAGUGAAAAUGGUAUUUCCAUAUAAUAUCGAUACUAGUAGUCAUGUUACAGUACCCAAUACAUUUGUAUCUGCAGGUUCUGGUCAUGCAGACAAGAGUGUUAUGGUCUGCCCACCUGGAUAUUAUUUGCCUCUGGAGGAAGUCAAUGCAUAUUCUUCCACCUCAUGGCCAAUGUCGGUCGCAUCUAGCAAUAUUAGGACACUAGACGGAGAAAGGACCAAUAUACUGUCCACUGCAAUGACCCAGGUCCCGAAUGCAAGUGUGGUCACCUCACAACAACAUCCAGCGUCAGCUACGAGUGUAAUAACCGGUUCAGUCCAUUCCGACCAUCGAAUGUUCGUAGAACCCCAUUCUCCAGGAGUUUCUUCUACCCUAGUCAUCUCUCCUGGACUUCCCAGUUCGUAUAUUGCAUUAAACACUUCCGUGGUUCAGAAGGGAGACGAACUCUUUGAAACUCCCCUGAAUUUAUCUAAAAAAUCCCCACUUCCGCAACCCACUGUACUAAGAAUGCAUACAUGA